AAUGCACCUGCGCACUGCUAACGGAAACAGCAUGUUCUAGAAAGUAAACAUUGUGUGACUUUUUUAUUAAAUCAAGUUGGAAAGAAUGAGUAUGAAAGUGUUAUCGAGUUUUUCAAUACUGUCAAAACAAUGCAGAUGUUCAACAUUAAGAAAACGAGUGUUGCAUCAUAUGGUUCUAAAUAAACAUCCAAAACAGGCAGCAACAAGACAACAGUUACAAGGUCAAAGUGCCCUUCCAGUCGAAACAGCACGCAACAUAAGAACAUUUUCAGUUGCAACUCAUUGUCUGUCAGAGAAAACCAACAGAGAAAAGAGCUUGUCAGAGAAGGUGGAGGCUAAAAAAUUCUUAGCUUACACUUGCAAAGUAUGUAACACAAGGAAUAGUCAUAUGUUCUCCAAGAAAGCAUAUGAAGAAGGGAUUGUAAUUGUGACUUGUGAAGGAUGCAAGAACAAACAUCUAAUAGCAGACAAUCUUGGCUGGUUUGAGCAUGUUGGAAAAAGGAACAUUGAGGAGAUUCUGGAAGAGAGAGGGGAACAGGCAAGAUAUGUCAAAACAGACAGUGAUGAUAUUGAAAUAAUUCUGAACAAUAAGCCAAAAAGUGAUGAAAAUACAUGAAACAUUUUUCUUUUCUUAGUAACUGUUGUUACUGUGCUAGUCGCAUGAUAAGACAGAAAUAUGAAACUAGAAAGUCUUCUGUUUCAAACACAGUCAAUAAGUAUAUUAGGGAACUGCAAAUAUGAUUCAAAAUAAAUGAUUCAUUUGAAAGAACAGCAUAUAUAAUAUGUUAGAUGUAUAAGGAGUAAAGCCAAGCAUGAUAUGGAUUUCUGAAGCAGUUUUUCCCAGAUCUGAUCACCAAAACAUGUAAAAAGUUAUCUUGCCAACAAUCUUGUAUUGCAGUAUUUUCUGAAUUUGGACAUUACUUAGAAACUUCAAAUUAUGUAUUGGAUUUUCAUUUACCAAGAUAUAGAAUGAAUUACUGGAUAAAGAAUGUGUUGGUUCAGAAAGCAAUGUCUUUUGACCAGUAGUCGAAAUUCUGGAAACAUUAAAUGAGGUUAAAGUUUAAUACACAAUGUCUUCCUCCUUUGUGAUACUAUGCUGAACUCUACUUUCAAGCAUUAAUUCAUGUCAGCAUGGUCAAAGUUGUGCUACAUUAAUAAAAAAAAUUUACAUUCAGAUCAAACAAUGUCACAACCCAAUGUAACAACAGAUAAAAUGGCCACCAGUUACUGUUACAGACUGACUAAUCAAAAUAUUUUGUAACAUUCUAUUGGACAGACAAACUAAUCAAUGAUGUCCUAUUCAAGACUGUUACAAAGGAAAUAGCACCAAAUUUUCCAGCGAAAAUUAAUUGAUGGAAAAAAAUAAUCGAAUAUCUUGACCAAGUCUGUGGGAUUGUUACAGUUUGAAACAGUUUAAAUAUUAUGUUACAGACCAGUGAUCAGACACACUGAUCAAGAUGGCCAGUUAUGAUCAAAAGACAAACAAACUGGUAGCGUACAGACACAUUGAUCAUUGGUCAAAAUGUCCUGUUGCAGACUGAUGUUACAAACUGUUCAAAGUGUCCUGUAGUGGACUGAUGUUACAAACUGGUCAAAGUGUCCUGUUGCAGACUGAUGUUACAAACUGGUCAAAAUGUCCAGUAGCAGACCAAUGUUACAAACUGGUCAAAGUGUCCUGUUGCAGGCUGAUGUUACAGACUGGUCAAAAUGUCCUGUUGCAGACUGAUGUUACAAACUGGUCAUGACCUGUUGUAGACUGUUGUUACAAACUGGUCAAAGUGUCCUGUUGCAGACUGAUUUUAAAACUGGUCAAAGUGUCCUGUUUCUGACUGAUGUUACAAACUGGUCAGUGUCCUGUCUCUGACUGAUGUUACAAACUGGUCAGUGUCCUGUUUCGGACUGAUGUUACAAACUGGUCAGUGUCCUGUCUCUGACUGAUGUUACAAACUGGUCAAAGUAUCCUGUUUCGGACUGAUGUUACAAACUGGUCAGUGUCCUGUUUCGGACUGAUGUUACAAACUGGUCAAAGUAUCCUGUUUCGGUGUGAUGUUACAAACUGGUCAAAGUAUCCUGUUUCGGACUGAUGUUACAAACUGCUCAGUGUCCUGUUUCGGACUGAUGUUACAAACUGGUCAAAGUAUCCUGCUUCGGACUGAUGUUACAAACUGGUCAGUGUCCUGUUUCGGACUGAUGUUACAAACUGGUCAAAGUGCCCUGUUUCGGACCGAUGUUACAAACUGCUCAGUGUCCUGUUUCGGACUGAUGUUACAAACUGGUCAAAGUAUCCUGCUUCGGACUGAUCUUACAAACUGGUCAGUGUCCUGUUUCGGACUGAUGUUACAAACUGGUCAAAGUGCCCUGUUUCGGACCGAUGUUACAAACUCAGGCUGUCAAGCAGUCAACCAGAAAAAAGUAGGGCAAAAAGUAGGAGCAAUCUUUUUGAAAAAUAGGGUUAAAGUAGGGAUUUUGGCAACAAAAAGUAGGGAUAGUAGGGCUUUUUUCUUACCUUUUGCAACCUAAAUAAUGAAUUACCCAAUAUUUUAGGGGGGCACCAGUUUAGAACAAAAAUGUCGCCGGCGAGGUGCUUAGUGUCGAGAGGGAGUAGGUACGGAAGGGGGCUUCUGAAAGUUUUUGAUAUGCCUCUGCGUCUCCCCUGAAAAAUUUUGAAAUACAGGUAUGAAAUGCUGGGCUGUACAUUGAUUCUACGUUAACUUGUUAAAUUCAGAAAUAAAAGUAGUUGAAAAACACCAAUCUUCAAAUGGUUUUUGGGUGUUUUCAUUUGACUGAACAAUGUUUCAACAGUCAACAUCUGAAGUCAGUGGACCCAAACAGGCCCUAGAUUGUGUAUCAGAAUAUAAGAAAUAAACACUCAGAAGGUACAGCAUAAGAUACGUUAUAUUGAAUGAUACACAUUUCCGCAAGGCCAAACUAUGAUGUAAAAUUUUGUUUUUCGUGUUUUUCAAAAGAAAGUUCUAUUAGAAAUGACUUAAUGAACAAUUCAAUAAGAAAUUUUGUAAUAAAAGUAAAAUAUUUCAUAUUUGACAGAUCUGAUUGGUAAAUUUUUUAUUUUCUAAAAGUUUUAAUAUCUUUAAGAAAACAAGAGGGCCAAGAUGGCCCUAAGUCGCUCACCUGAGUAACAUACAAUAACAGUGUAAACAUGUUUUACCUAGUGAUUUCAUGGAGACAAAUAUUCUGAAAAAUUUUCAUUGAAAUUGGACAAAAUAACGUGUAAACAAGCUUAUUCUUUGAUUUGACCUGGUGACCUAGUUUUUGACCCUACAUGACCCAGAUAAAAAUUCAUACGAUAUUUCAUGCACAGAAACAUUCUGACCAAGUUUCAUGCACAUCAAAUAAACAAGAGUGUUAACAAGCUUUUCCUUUGAUUUGACCGGGUGACCUAGUUUUUGACCCCAUAUGACCAAG